AUGAUAGCUUCACAAGAGAGCACAAGCGUCGAACACGAGAACGAGCAGUGGCGCCAACAACUACGGACCUCCCAGCAGUUGAACCCCGAUUCCGUGCCGAAUUUUCUGUCCACGGCGGCAACGGAACUCGGGAUACAGGCUGGACUGAAGUCUGAUGUUCAAUUAAACGUUUCGCAGGAUUUGCCGCUAGCCUAUCCCCAAUAUCAUCUUGCGCCAGCGGUCACCACACCGGGUGUGAUGACGGAAGGGAAUGAUCUGACAAAGCCCCGUUCACUGAAAAACGUUUCCGUUGCAGGCGGAGAGAUCAACGAUCUGUACCAAUUAUUCUUCCGCCACUAUGCCUCGUUCCUCCCUGUCCUCGAUGCGCAGACCAAGCCGAAUUCCUACUACACGCAGUCUCCAUUCCUGUUCUGGGCUGUCAUCAGCGUCGCCAGUCGGUCAUAUUCCCGAAACCCGACUUUGCACACUGCCCUGGCCCAGGAGGUUACAGAACUGGCAUUUCUAUCAGUCUUGUCAACGUGUGCGCCAUGGUAUACCAUUCAAGGACUGCUGCUCCUGCUGACUUGGCCAUUUCCCAAGGAGAAUCGUCCAGAUGUGACAUUUCCUCUUAGCGGAAUGCUUUUGCAUUUAGCAAUGCAAAAUGGGUUUCAUAUCCCGAUGUCGAGCCAUGAAUUUUCUCGAGGGAAGAUCCCGGCGUCAUCCGACUUAGACAUGGCCCGGCGCUCGGAACUCUGGGCUCAUUGUGUGCUUGUGUAUCAACGAUCUUGUGUGAUCAAAGGGCAGUCUCCGCGAAAUCUAGUCAGUUCAGCACAGGAUACCAUCCAACGCCAAGUGCUAUUUGAUAAGAUUGCUCCACAUCUGGUUCAGAAACUCAGAUGCCAGGAGGUCGUUGGGAAAUGCAGCGAGGCAGUUCUGGAGAAUGGAGUUCGUGCCAUGUCGCUGGAUCAGGAGCUGGCACUCGACAUUUUGCUGCAGAAGUAUGAGGGGGAGGUAGACGACAUCGCAUUGCAGGCAGUAGUCGGCAACGAGAGGUACCACCUUCUUCUUUGCCGUAUGGCAAUCCAAAGCUUCCAUUUUUUCAAAAAUCAAACACUCGUCUCUAGCGGAUGUCUUCCACGUCUUGUCGUCACCGCCUGCAACUUGGUAGACUAUGUACAAGCCUUAGCGGAUCGUAUGGGUUCUCUCUUCAUGGCACCUGUUCAAAUAAGCUUCGGUCUACUCUUGGCUUCGAUGUCGCUGUUGCGGAUUCUGAAAAGCGAUUAUGCCUCCAGCGGACUCGACACAAGCCGUGCCCAGGCCUCUUUCUUCGCCACCAUCAAUCUAGCAAAGCAAAUGUCCACCGACAGAAGCGAUACAGCUGCUAAAAUGAUCACGGUUUUGAAUCAACUCUGGAAUAGCAGCAAGGCAUUCCGCAAAGCCGAUGGCUCGGAAUACACCGCACUUCGGAUUCGCAGUCGCCUGAUCCUCAGUCAAAUUUUGGACGCUGUCUGGUGGUGGCGUGAUGAAUAUGACCCCAACACGCGCGCUAAAAUGCAAUUCACGGAGUCUGCUGAGAGCGUUUCCCGAACUAACGCCCUUCCGGGUGCCGAGGUAGCGCGUGCUAUAAUGGGAACAGAUCCCGCUGGGGGGCCUGUUGGGGAGAUUCUUCAAAAUGUGGGUCCUCUGCAAGGAGAGUUCCAGAUUAACGAGGAUUACUUCACAAACUUUGAGUGGCUGAGUGAUGAGAUUUUCCCAUUUCCUCCGGAUUCGUCGUUGGCAAACAAUUUGCCGUGA